UCACCAUGAUGAGAAUCCUCACUGCUCUAUUAGUUCUGCAUUUUUCUUCAAGCGAAGAGGUUCUCGUUGAGUCUGCGGUCACCAUGGCGGUGAAAAUCGGGGACACAGUCAUCCUGCACUGCAGCCACAAGCACAGUGAAGAAACUCUUUGGCUUGGACAGCGCUGCGAUGAGGUUCCCUUCAUCAUUAUAUGCGCCGGUUGUGGAUAUAGAGAUAAAUACUUCAGGGGCUUUAACGGGCAAUUUUCGACCGUGAAGAACUCACGCAACGGUUCUAUCGGCCUGCGGAUUCGAAACGUUUCUGAUUCAGACCUGGGACUUUUCUACUGCACUACAAAGUUUGGAGUUCCCAUGCUUGUAGGAUCAGGUUACAAGCUUUACCGCGCAGAAGGUCCGGCUUCACCCACAUCGAGUCCCCCUGACUACGUGACAACCCGUCCCGCUUCCCCGGGGUCCUCAGCUUGUCUUGGGUUGUCCCACAUCUGGGCCUUGGCUCUGUGUCCGCUGUGUGCUCUGCUUGCGGCUCUCAUCUCCGCCAGCUGUGUCUGCUGGGUCUGCCGGCGAAAAGGCGAGUAUUUCCACUCAUGGCACAGUUCCAUUGUCUGUAUCCAUUAA